GCUUCCUAUUUGCCUUUAUCAAUUAUUAUUGUUGGUGUUGGCGGUGAAAAUUUUGAAAAUAUGCGAAAAUUGGAUUCCGACAACGAAUUAUUGCAACAACUAGGCAGAACUGCACAGCGAGAUAUCGUACAGUUCGUAUCAUUACGGGAAUUUCUAAACACAAAGGGAAUUCGUUCACCGAUCCAGCAGAGCAGUUCCGCGAUGGCACAUCUGGCAAAAGAAGUUCUUGCUGAAGUACCACGCCAACUCACUUCAUAUAUGAAAUGGAACGGCAUAAAUCCGCGUCCUGCUUCCGAUCCGUUUCCGGUAGAACCACUUCCGGAAACAGAUGUAUAUGCGGUUGGUCGACGAUUGUCCAGUGCAUGUGCCGUACGUCCAGCUGCUGCUGCUACUUACGGAUUUCUACCGAAUAUCGCCGCAUCAGCACCAGGAACCCCGUCGCAUCUUCUACGCUAUCAACAGCGGCAUCAGUCAAUUCCGUUGCAAAUGCCUUCUUCUUCUAUCGGUGACACUGCCUGGAUGGCAUCAACCAGUGGAAUCUAUCCGAAUCCGUACCUUUACGAUGUUGUAUCAUCAUCCGUCCAGCAAACCCCAGUCCCAGCGGCGCAUUCGUCUGUCAGACCCGUACAAAGCGCACCCUAUCCAACAGGCCCUCCACCGGAAUUCCACGGAACGCUUCCUUUUCCUGAAAUGGCAUAUCCAAUAGUCGGUACGAGAAUUGAUCUGGCUAGUGCUAAUCCACCUGAAAGUGGUUUUAGGCCAUCCACGCAACCUAGCGCACCACCUGGGCCCUAG